AUGGACAGUUUCAGCCAAGUAGCGGCAAGGACGAUAGCGAAUCUAAACCACCUUUGGGAUGCGUACCGAUGCGACCAUGCGGACUGCGACGACAGAUUUACGCCAGACGUCCAACGCUGUGUGGAGUGCGACGCGAAUUAUUGUCAAGAGUGUUGGAAGACCGUCGAGCGUCAUCGGGACCAGGCACAAAGGUCCAUCACCACGCACACCAAAUGUGAUCCCAUGCUCAACCAUCUAUUGACGGAGAUUCUCCAUCCUCCGACAAAGACCGAAGAGCAGCAGCGCGAACUGCAUCAGAAAGAUGCGCGGAAUCUCUGGUUCGGCAUUACCGAGAGCGACGGGAGCCAGUUUAUCCAUGAAGGACCGGUCUACGAAGAUCUGAUAUUCGAGAACCCAGCUGUACAACCAUGGGGCAUCUAUCCUGGACUCGUUACUUUCGUUGGAGAAACAGGUGCGGGCAAGAGUGCGUUGAUCAAACUCUUGAUUGACAGUGGAGUUUGGGCUGAAGAAGAUUAUGCCGGCCCUUUCUCCAAGCAACACUCGUCGAUCUUUACGGCACAAUCCCUUCAGCGAUCCUCUCCUAUCGUUGGGAGUGUAGAAGAUGACACUACUCCGACCUCCGCAGAUGUUCACCUGUACGCCGAUCCUAGAUCUCUCUUCAAUCACAAGUUUGGGAAAAUUGCGAUGCUCUACGCAGACUGCGAAGGGCUAGACGGCGGAGAUAGAGACCCCGUCGCCGUUCAAUUUGCUGGAAAAUGCAUCAACGUAGAAGGUGACGGUGAUGAACUCAAUAAAAGAAUUCGGCCAUACCUCGAAGGUGUCGAUGGAUAUACACCAAAGCAGAUCACCUGGGCUGAGCAAGGGCGACAAGCUCUGGUCCGGGAACUCUACCCUCGUUUGCUUUACUCAUUCUCCGACGUAGUGGUCUUUGUUCUGGACAACCCGAGGAAGUUUGAAAGUGUUCUCAUCCAGCUGGUCAAAUGGGCUCACCAGGCGAUUGAGAAGGCUUGCAAUCAAUCAGUACUCCCACACGCGGUCGUCGCCCUCAACCGCACCCAAUCGAAUGGCCAAAAUGCGGAGAAGUGGGAGUCGAAAUCCACCACACAGGCGUUGUUGAAGGCCGUCCAGUCGUCCCUGACAAAAAAUGACUACCUCCGGGGCAUGGUCCAGUUCUGGGACGAGCGCAAGGUGAAGAUUGAAACCGUUGACGACCUUUUGAAUUGCUACUACGCCAGCACACAAGUCAUCCGCAUCCCGCUAUUUCGCUCUCCCGUUCUCCUCGAGCAGCAAAUUACUACUUUAUACGAGGCCAUCAAAGGGAAAUGCAAGACAUCACAGCAGCGGCGACAGCAAGAGCAUAUGCAACUCGAUGCAGUCAAUCUCCAUCACUACCUGCGGAACGCUUUCAACCAUUUUGCCGAUCAUGCCGACAAACCAUUUGAUUUCGUCAAAGCGUCCUUCGAGAUCAAUCCGAUUUCCGCCAAUUUUAGCCUGCGCAGCGGGAUAUCGAGACUGGCACAGAUCGUGAGAACAUGCACUGGAGACAUUGGUUUGCAAGUCUGGGAGCGAAUCAGUCGUGCGAUUGCUUCUUGCAUUCUCUUAAGCGCAUAUCAGAGGGACGUAAUAGGCCUAGGAGACCUUGAGGGAAUCUUCACGCAAUACUGGCCAUACUGCGAGGACGCUAUUCAGGAGUUCAACGACAAGCACACGCCUUGCGCAUACACGAGCAAGAAGAUUCCACGCUGCGUAAAUUUCAGGAAUACGCAUCGGAAAGGCCACCAGUCUGAGGAUGGCAGCGUGGAAGGUGGACCUUGGAGAUGCAGCGAAAAGGACAGUCAAAUGAAAGGCAGCGCAAGACUUCAUCUGGAGCGGGCCUUUCAUGAUGUCGCCAAAGAAUUCCCAGAGCGACCAAAACUACGGAGCGUGUUCGACUGCCAUCGGAAGGUUAUCAGCUCUCUGUAUCGAGAACUUGGUAACAGCGGCUCUUUCAAGAAUCAUGUCACCUGCCUUUCCUGUCUCAUGGAGGCCCCCGAGCACACUCUCCCCUGCGGACAUACCAUCUGCACACCUUGCAUCACGGCGGCUGGAGAGUCACUUGGUUCCGGCUUCAUCAAGAUUGAAAUAUGCCCGUUGUGCGAUGACAAAUGGGGAACCACGCCGUAUCUGGCCGCCGUUAAGCCAGCGCAGGCUGGUGCGCGUAUCUUGACGCUUGAUGGAGGAGGCAUACGCGGUAUAGUCGAGCUGACGAUACUCCGGCGCAUUGAACUGGAGUUGGGAGACAAAAUCCCUAUUCAAGCCUUCUUUGAUCUCAUCGUUGGCACAAGCACUGGAGGUAUCGUAGCGUUGGGCCUAGGCCAUGAAGGCUGGACGGUUACAAAAUGCACAGACACAUUCAAAGAGAUGGCAAAAGAUGCCUUCACACCUCACCGAGCUCUACCCGGAACACGAACCAUCACCAAAGUAGCCACGGGGACAGUAUACAGUACAUCUAUCUUUGAAGAGACUCUAAGAGGUGUCUUUUCCAGCACCAUGUUCGGCGAUCCGAGGAAGGUUGACUGGCUACGCACCAAAACCGCAGUCGUCACUACAACGCCAUCAGGUCCGGUGACGCUGCUCAGCAACUACAAUCGCGAGGCAUCAGAUGGCCAGCGUUAUCAUUUCUUCCGAGGUGCAGAUGAGAGCAAGGAGUUCAAGGCGUGGGAGGGUGCUCGGGCCACUUCGGCUGUACCUGGGUUUUGGCGAGUAUACAGUCAUGAAGCCUCGGAGCAGGUCUAUCUGGAUGGCGGUGUCUACCACAACAACCCGAUCAGGAUCGCAGACUCUGAACAGAAACUGAUCUGGCCCGCGACAAAAUACCGUCAUCCGGACAUUCUACUCUCUAUUGGUACCGGCUUCAACGAGGAGUUAAUGGCUCCUACGGUUCCGCCCCCAGCCAACAGCGCAAGUGGCGUCACAGCAUUGGUGGCGACAAUUUUUGACUUGGGAAAAGAUGUCUUCAAGACUCAGUUGGCCUCUGAACGAGCAUGGCAAGACUGGAUCGAUACUAAAAUGCCCCUAGAAGGACACGUCAGCCGGUACCGAAGGAUCAAUGUUCCUUUAGAUCACGAACCUCGAAUGGAUCGGGUAGACGAGAUUGAAAUGUACGAGUCUCUGACCGAGACAUAUCUGGAUACCAAGAAAGACGACAUCAGCGACAUUGUGAACCAGUUGAUUGCCUCUUGCUUCUACUACCGUUUCGAGAAGAAAGAUCUUCGCGGGCCGACAUGUAGCGGCCGCAUUGAAUGCCGGCUUCCGCCAGGUGAUGACAUCAGUAGACAAUUCGGUGAGAUCUUGUUGGAAUUGUCACAAGAUAUCAAGAAUGAAGGAACUCCGGGGCUAAGCUUUUGCGUGACCGAAACGCAUGUAGGUGACAUCAACAAAGAUGACAUUCACCAAAUAGAGGAGGAGACUAUUCUCGAGAUGCGAAAGUCCGGGAAGUUCAAUAUGCCGCCUUUCGAUAUCACGAUCUCAAGUGCGGCCGCCGAGACCAAUAUCUUGAUGGUGUUGCACGUACGAAAGAGAGGAUUGAUCCCAAUCAGCGGGUUUCCACGAUGUCUGCUCAAGGACUAUCCUGAAACGUAUAGAAGGAAGAGACCACAGCAGAAUCGCGACAAAGACGCCCAACUAGAGAGUCCGUUUGACCCUCGGGCGAUCAUUCGAGAUCUAGUGGAAAACUUACUUUCAUUGAUACCGGAAGUCCAAGCCAGCAAACGGAGAGGCAGCGUGGGUAGGGAGCUUGGUGUUUCAGACACUGACAGAGAAGGAUUCCAAGUGUUGGAAUCUGACGACUCUGAUGCAGAGUCUACGCCAGAUAUUGAAGGAGAUACCGCCUCUACGCACGCACCGCCGGAAAUUGCGAGCGACGACGUAGCGCAGAGCGAAGGAAACCCGCAGCCGAAUGAAGAGGAGGAUUUGCGAGCAGAAGAUGACACCGUCAGUACUCCAAUGUAG